UGGAAAUGUCAGCAUGGCGGCGGCGUGAGUUCUGAACGUUGGAGCUCAGCCGAGACAACUCUGGACUCGUAUGUGGAUCUGGUGGGAAUUUCUGACUUGGCUAGAUACUCAUCCGGGCAAACUCUGGCCACACCAUGAGGCCCAGAGACAGUGGAGACUACACUAUGAACGCUGUGAAUGACGGCUCAUUCCUGAGUGCCAGCACCGUGGCAAGCAGCAGUGUCACUACCCAGCUAACAAGUCCCCUGGACAGGAAAAUAUGCAUCACCAAGAAACAAAAUGACGUGAAGAAGCGGGUGGUCUGGGGCGUCGAGGUUGCAGAGGAGCUGCAGUGGAAAGGCUGGGAGCUGGGCAAGGAGACCACGAGGAACCUGGUUCUGAAAAAUCUCUCUUUGAAAAUCCAGAAGAUAAAGUACAGGCCUCCCAAGACCAAGUUCUUCUUUACCAUCAUCCCUCAGCCCAUCUUCCUGAGCCCGGGCAUAACCCUCGUACUCCCCAUCAUCUUCCGACCUCUAGAAGAGAAGGAAUACACGGACCAGCUGUGGCUUGAGAAAGAAGAAGGGGUGUUCUGUGUAUCUCUGAAGGCCACCUUGCCCUGCCACAAGCUAGUCUGCCCAACAUCUCUGCAGCUGCCCAUAUGUGCCAUUGGGGACACAGUGGAGACUUGGUUCUGUCUGAACAAUGUAGGGGACCUGCCCACCUUCUUCACCUGGGAAGUCCCAAACCCAUUCCAGAUACUUCCCAGCACGGGGUUGUUGGAGCCAGGCCUGGGUUGUAGAAUGAAAGUGACCUUUGAGCCCCUCGUAGCUGUCAUCCAUGAAGUCGAGGCUCUGUGCUGGUAUGGAAAGGGCACCAAGCAGAAGAACAGCAUACAGAUCCAGGCUGCAGCUAAAUGUGCACAGCUGCUGGUGAGCAUAAAGCACAAGCAGUCGGAGGACCAGGAUGCCGAGGGCUUCCAGAAGGUGCUGCACUUUGGUUCUGUCUCCGUGGGCUGCACUGUGGAGCGGCAGAUCAGGCUGUACAAUCCAUCCGUGGUUAACGCCCCCUUCAAAAUUGAAAUGUCUGAAGACAUGUUGACCAAAGACCAUGCCUUCUCAUGCUCCAUGGGCCAAGGUAUUGUGCCCCCAGGAGAGAAGAAAUGCCUGUCGGUGUUCUUCCACCCCAAAACCUCGGACAGCAGAGCCAUAGACUACUUCUCCAUUGUGCCUUCUGGUUGUGCCUCCCAAACUCUGCUCCAAGUCAUUGGUCUCUGUAAAGGUCCUGAUGUGUCUCUGCAGCACUGCUGCAUCAACUUCAGCUGGGUCCAGCUCGGGGAGCACUCAGAGCAGACCCUGUGGAUCGAGAACCAGUCGGACUGCUUGGCUCACUUCCAGUUUGACAUUGACUGCCAGGAGAGUGUCUUCAGCAUCAGGCCUGCCUUCGGAACCCUGGCAGGCAAGACCCGAAUGACCCUGCACUGUGCCUACAAGCCCACACACCCUAUCAUCUGCUUCCGGAGGGUGGCCUGUCUCAUCCACCACCAGGACCCACUGUUUCUGGACCUGAUUGGGACCUGCCACUCAGACAACACUAAGCCAGCCAUCCUGAGGCCUCAGCACCUCACCUGGUACCGAACACACCUGGCUCGGGGCUUGACGCUUUACCCUCCUGAUAUCCUGGCUGCCAUGCUAAAAGAGAAAAAGCUGGAACGGGAUGAGAAUGGGGCCCUCAUGUUGCCCACUGAGUCUCUCCCUGUGCAGGACCUGGAGGACUUGCCAGCCCCGAAGUACCCCAAAAUCCCCCCCAUGAUGGAGUACUUUUUUGACGGCACCAGGGACCUGGCUGUCUUUCCCCCGGCUGUCAGUCUAGAGCCUUUUGAUGUGGACUUUGGUGCCUGUCCUGGGCCUAAGGCCCCCAACCCUAUCCCCUUGUGCCUGAGGAACCAUACCAAGGGCAAGAUCACCGUGGUCUGGACUCGCAGAUCUGACUGCCCUUUCUGGGUGACCCCGGAAACUAGUGAUGUGCCCCCACUCAAGUCCAUAGCCCUGCGCCUGCACUUCCAGCCAGCCUCCCCCAACUGCCUCUACGCCGUGGAGCUGGAAGCCUUUGCUGUUUAUAAGGUCCUUCAGAGGUACAGCAAUAUUGAGGAGGACUGCACAGUGGCCCCAUCCUGGUGUCUGAAGGUCCGAGCUCGAGGACACAGCUAUUACGCUGCCUUAGAGCACCACAUUCCCCAGUAUUCCCUGGAUGCGCCCAAGAUGUUUCCGGCAGUGUCUUCUGGGGAGCCUUCCUACAGAAGUCUGCUUUUGGUCAACAAAGGCCCCAUGCUGCUGACCUUCAGCCUGGCUCCCAACAGCAGCUCAGACAUCACCCUGAGGCCCUCCUCGGGCCUUGUGGCUCCUGGGGCCCACCAGGUCUUCCUUAUCAGCACGUACCCCAAGGGCACCUCGUGGAAGCAGCACAUUUUCUACCUGCAAUUCAACUUUUACCCCCAGUAUCUCAAGGAAGUGAGCAUACAGAGCAGAGAGGAGCCCCUGCAGCUGAAGCUGGACACCCGCAAAAGCAUCUUCUUCAAGCCUACGUGGGUGGGCUGUUCCUCCACCAGCGAUUUCACCUUUCACAACCCCUCACGGCUACCCUUGGAGUUCGAAUGGAGAGUCUCUCAGCAGCACCAAAAGAUGCUGGCGGUCCGGCCCUCCAAGGGCAUCAUCCAUCCUAAUGAGAACCUUACGCUGACAUGGAUCUUCAGCCCUUUGGAGGAGACCAAGUACCUGUUCCGAGUGGGGAUGUGGGUCUGGGAAGCCAGACAGUCCCAAAAGACCAAUCCCCGAGCCACCAUGCACUACUGGAUUCGGCUGGUGGGCAUGGGCGUUACCGGAUGCCUCUCUGCAAAGCCAAAGGAGCUGGACUUCGGGAACGUGCUGGUGAACAGCCGGGAGGUCAAGUCUUUGGUGCUCCUGAACGACGGCAACUGCACCCUCUAUUACCGCCUGGUCCUGGAGCAGCACGGGCCCAAAGGCCUCACCAAUGACUCCUGUGCUCUAGAACUGAACCGGUUGGAGGGGACCAUGCCGCCUCAUUCCCAGGACACCAUCUACCUGACUGCCUGUCCUAAGAACCGCUCCCAGUAUUCCUGGACCAUUAGCUACUGUCUCCUGUCCCACAGAGCUCAACCCUCUGCUCUCCCCACACUCGUGCCCCCAGAUAGCGUGGCUGGCGAAACGCAGGAGCUGUGCCAUGUCUCCCUGGUAGCUGUGUACCCUUUGCUCUCCAUCCUGGACAUCUGCUCCAUGGGCAGCGCUGAGGGCAUCACCCGGAAGCAUCUGUGGCAUCUCUUCUCCCUGGACACACUCAAUAGUUACUUGGCACGUGACCCAACCCUCACAGAGCUCACCUACAAGGUGCCUACCCGGCACAGCUUGAGCCAUACGCCCCCUGUCUUCACUCCUCUGAAGCUGGACUUCAAUUUCGGAGCAGCGCCACUAGAUGCCCCACCGUCAGUGGUUCUCCUGGUACUGAAGAACAGUGGACUGGUGUCCCUGGACUGGGCCUUCCUCUUUCCCAGUGACCAGCAGCUGGACCUGGAUCUGUGGGUGGAGCAAGCAGAGCUUAGCUGCAAUGAGCUCCACCAAAUGCGUGCAGAGGAUAAUUGCCUCUUCUCCAUCAACCCCAAGGCUGGGACCCUGAGCCCUGGGCAGGAGCAGAUGGUGGAGUUCAAAUACAGCCACGUGUUCAUUGGCACUGAUCGCCUCUCGGUGCUCUUCAAGGUGUCCCAUGGACGGGAGAUCCUGCUACACUUCAUAGGCGUGACAGUAAAGCUGGAGCAGAAGUACGUGCACUUCACCUCCACCAGCCACCAGUUCAUCCCUGUCCCCAUUGGGGACACCCUGCCCCCUCGCCAGAUUUAUGAACUCUAUAAUGGCGGCUCGGUACCUGUGACAUACGAGGUCCAGGUCAGCAUUCUGUCACAAGCUCAAGAAAAGAAUUUUGACCAUCCUAUUUUCUGCUGCCUGAACCCCCGAGGGGAGAUCCAGCCAGGUACUACUGCUCAGAUUCUGUGGAUCUUCUCACCCAUCGAGGCCAAGACCUACACAGUGGAUGUACCCAUACACAUCCUUGGAUGGAACUCAGCUGUCAUCCGCUUCCAGGGAGUGGGAUACGACCCCUACAUCAUGGGUGACACGGCUCCUUUCCACAACAUCUCCUCAUGGGACAACAGCUCCAUAUACUCUAGACUGAUGGUUCCUGGGCAGAACGUCUUCCUGUCCCAGUCUCACAUUUCCCUGGGAAACAUCCCUGUGCAGAGCAAGUGUAGCCGCCUGCUCUUCCUCAACAACAUCUCCAAAAGUGAGACAAUUGUCUUCACCUGGCAGCCAAGGUCCUUAGACUUCGGAGAGGUAACUGUGAGCCCCAUGGAAGGAGAGGUGGCUCCUGAAGAGGCAACCCCAAUCCUGGUGACCCUGAAGGCCUCAGUCCACGCCAGCUUCUACAGCAUGGACCUGAUAUGCAAGGUCUACCGGCAGGAACUCAUGCAUCAGUACCACAAGGACUUACAGGAGUGGAAUGAGGAGAAGGCUCGGCAGGAGGUGGAGUUCACCAUCACAGAUAUGAAAGUGAAGAGGAGAUCACAUUGCACAGCCUGUGAACCUGUAAAGAAGUACAAGACCCUGCCUCCCAUCACAAACCAACCAUCUCUCAGCCGACCUGCCAGCUGGAACCUGAAGCUGGCAAAGGAGGAGACAUCAUGGCCGUGUCCUCAACCACCUGUGCCAGGCCUGCUCUGUCUAGGCCUCACUGCGAGGGCCCAUGCCAUUGACUACUACCUGGCCAACUUCUUCUCUGAGUUUCCCUGCUACUUCCUGUACCGGGAGCUGCCAAAGAAGAAAUUAUGCAGAGAAGAAUCAAAAGGUUUUGAGGAAGAAACCCCUGAUAAGGGGGAUCCUGUCUGGAGGCAGAAGAAGCAGCUUCUGGUUGACUGUCUCACGGCUAUCAUCAGAGGCCUGCUGGAAGACAAGACUUUCCACGAGGCUGUGGACCAAAGUCUGGAGGAGCAAGUUCCUUACUUCUGCCAGUUCUGGAACGAGCAGUCAGCCAGGUUCCUGGCCCACAAGAGCAGCUUGUACUUAAUGCCAAUCAUGUCCCUGCCCUCCAGCUGCUACGAGAACGGGAAAGGCAAAGAGCAGGGGGAGGACAAAUUCAGCUCCAGGAAGGAUGCAGAAGAGGAAGAGAAUGAAGAUGAGGAAGAGGAAGAGGAGGAGGAGGAGGCAGAAGAAGAGGAAGAGGAGAGAGAAGAGGAAGAACUGAGCAAGGAGGAAAUGGAAGAGGAGAUAGACAAAGGGGUAAAGCUGACCUGGUCAGAGAUCAAGGCCGCUGAACAGCCCACUGGGUCCCAGCAGUCCCUGCAGUGGCAAUGGCAGCAGGAUCUGAAAGGGAUGAUUCAAGAGGAGCAAGAAAACGACGAGAAAGAAGCCAUUGGCAGGCUACCAGCCUUCCUCAACCUGCAGGAGGCGAUCCUAGAGAACAUGAUCCAGAACAUUCUGGUGGAGGCAAGCCGUGGAGAGGUGGUGCUCACUUCAAGGCCCCGCAUCAUUGCCCUGCCACCAGUCAGCUUGCACAGGCCAGACAUCCUGUUGCCCAUGCAACAAGGAGAAGUACUUUGCUCUGAGAUGCAGCAACCUACAAAUGACUGUUUGCUGGGGUCAGCAUCCAGUCCCUCUUACAUUCCUGCCUAA